AUGCCGAGCCUCGGCCCGACGCGGCCCGGGGAGAAGCCCCGCGUGGUGGUGCUGGGCACCGGGUGGGCGGCGUGCCGGCUGCUCAAGGACGUGGACACGCGCGCCUACGAUGUCGUGUGCGUGUCGCCCCGGAACCACAUGGUGUUCACGCCGCUGCUGGCGUCCACGUGCGUCGGCACGCUCGAGUUCCGCUCCGUCGUCGAGCCCGUCAGCCGCAUACAGUCGGCGCUCGCCACCCGCCCCGGCUCCUACUUCUUCCUUGCCUCCUGCACCGGCGUCGACACCAAGGCGCACGAGGUGUACUGCACGGCCGCGUCCGGCGAUGCACAGCUGCCCAGCGACCCGUACCAGUUCAAGAUCGCCUAUGACAAGCUGGUGAUCGCGAGCGGCGCCGAGCCGCUCACCUUCAACAUCAAGGGCGUUCAGGAGAACGCCAUCUUCCUCCGCGAGGUGAGCCACGCGCAGGAGAUCCGCAGGAAGCUGCUCACCAACCUCAUGCUCGCCGAGAAUCCAGGCUUGUCUGACGAAGAGAAGCAGCGGCUCCUGCAUUGCGUGGUCGUCGGCGGAGGCCCCACCGGCGUCGAGUUCAGCGGUGAGCUCAGUGACUUCAUCACGCGCGACGUGCGCCAGAGGUACGCGCACGUUAAGGACUACGUCAAGGUCACCCUCAUCGAGGCAAACGAGAUCUUGUCAUCGUUCGAUAUCGGGCUGCGGCAGUACGCGACGAAUCACCUGUCAAAGUAUGGAGUUAAUCUGGUGCGAGGCAUCGUGAAGGAGGUGAAGCCCACUGAGAUCACCCUGAGCGACGGCACCCGCGUGCCCUACGGCCUGCUGGUCUGGUCCACGGGCGUCGGCCCGUCGGAGUUUGUCAAGUCCCUGUACCUGCCCAAGUCCCCUGGCGGGAGGAUCGGCGUGGACGAGUGGCUCCGCGUGCCCACGGCCCCGGACGUGUUCGCGCUGGGCGACUGCGCGGGGUUCCUGGAGGGGACCGGCAAGCCGGUGCUCCCGGCGUUGGCUCAGGUCGCGGAGCGGGAGGGCCGGUACCUGGCGCGGCUGCUCGGGAAGGUCGCGGCGCAGAACGGCGGCAAGGCGCACUGCGCCGGCAAGGUCGACCUCGGGGAGCCGUUCGUGUACAAGCACAUCGGUAGCAUGGCGUCCGUCGGCCGGUACAAGGCGCUCGUCGACCUCAGGGAGAACAAGGCACUGCCGCUGAGCCAUUAA